AUGGCUGACAAUCCUGCUCAACCAUCCAUUCUGUGGAGUGUUCUCUUCCGAAGUCUUCUCGUCUUUGUUGCGACCUGCAUCACUAUCUGCAUUGCCAUCGCCGCUAUACCGGUGCUGUUCGUAAUGUUCGUCCUAGUUGCAGUCUCGCCAGAGUCCUCAUCGAACCUCAACAUUGAAGAUGGCACAAUCCGUAUUCGACUCAAUUUGAAUGUUACUCAUGGACCGCAGCAUGGCUUACCUGAUGGUGCUCGUCGAAUGAGUUCACGCCCAGCAAGUCCUCGUCCAACAAUCCCUCGAAACAAUCAGCCUUCGAGCCUACAGUCUCCUUCAGGUCCUGCGUAUACUUGGGCACGUCAGUACGAUUCGCAACAGCCCGCCACUCUUGCCACAGCAUUCCCUGUUCAACAGUCUUACACCUGGAGAUCUACUUCUGGCUAUGUCCCUUCGCAUGCCAACAUUCAUAAUUCCAUGCCUCCAUAUCUCCCACCAAUCUCCGAACCAGCACCUAGACCACUUUUUCCUCAGUAUGGCGCCUACACAUCGAUGGAUCCCUCACCUCCCUUCCGAGCCAGCCCGAUCCCUCCACCUCCUGCUGGUCGCCUUGUGCGUACCGACUCGGACGUUGAUUGGGCUGCAGACGAUCGACUACCACCUGCCCGUCCAGAUGGCACGACGACCCCAACUCCCUUAUCCAGAAGAAGAUCUACAUCCGAAUCUAUGCCAGGCCUAGUACCCAUAGUCAACGACGAAUCUGACGAUGAGGUUUUGCCGGUAUACGAUCGACCUCCAGAGUAUGAUGACGAGAGACACAGCUAG